UUACAUAGUAUAAUGCCAGCUGUGCAACAAAAUUUUACCAUCAUAGUACGUACAGUAGCAAUAGAUUAUUAUUUUAUUCUGAUUCUAAGGUGUGGAUCCCGGCUUGGAGAGGCCUACUCGUUUCGGAAUAAUACUGCUGGAUGUUGCGCCUUUCCAAGUGGAACAAGGGGCGGAAUAGCAACAGGAUUAUCAGUUGUUUUUAACAUGAAUUCAGCAGCACUCGUUCUGAGCUUGCAGUAUAGGCCAAACUGACGAACACAACUAGAUUACAGUCUGCGAAUGGGAUAUGGACGGACAAGACGGAGGUCGACAUGAAUACAAAAUGAAGAAAUGGUGGAGAAACUGCAGAAUGCUGUAAACAACUUUUCUUAUUAUCAUCGCAACCAGAAUUCUAUUGACUGAGAGUUGAUACCGGAGAGAUGGCACACAUGCAAAACGAUCCGUCCUACCAAUCGCGUAUUGAUGCCGCUAUCUUCUGGAUAAUCCGCGUUGGGAUACCAGUCGUAGCUUUUAUUUGUAUCGUCAUCAUUGCUUUCCUUAUUUGCUUGUGUUGGCGGAAGAGGAAAACCGAAAAGAAAUCACGUGAUGAAUAUGCUCUAGAAAGAUUCCCGCCAUCGAGGUCCAACAGUGGCGUUGAAAAAAUAUCUCUUGCAUCCACUUCGUGUUCCAAUACUUCAGAGGGUUAUGGAUCGCUACAGAGUCGCUCGUUGCUGCUCGGACGCAACGCCUCCUCCGUCCACGAAAUCACCCCGGUCGAGAACAUCCACCAUCUCGACAUCGAUGACGUCGAGACAUCUCCCGGCGACAUCGGUCAGGUCCUCCUCUCGUUAUCAUACAGCCAGUCGAACAGGUUGACGAUUACGUUGCUCGAAGUCACGAACUUGUUGCCGAGGCCGUUUUCAGAAAGCAUCGAUCCUUAUGUUCGAAUACGAGUUAGAUCAAGCAAUAAAGAUCAUUUUCACGAUUUUUACUUCCAAAGCGCGGUCAAGAGGAAAACGCAGAACCCAACCUAUGAAGAAACCUUUGUUGUGAAUCUAUCCCCCGAAGAACUAACGCACUACAUCAUCAGGCUCGAGGUGGUCAAUUUUCAUAAAUUCUCGCGAAAGGACGUGAUUGGCGAGAUUUGUAUUCCUCUUUAUGACGUCACGACAACGAAUGAGAUAACGCAAGCUUACGAUCUGAAAGAGCCGAUGAAGAAAAUGUGCGGUGAGAUGCUGCUUUCUCUGAGCUACCUGCCAACAUCCAGCCGCCUGCUUCUUGGUGUUUUACGAGCGAGGAAUCUUACGUGCCAAGAUGACUCGAGAAAUAUAGACUCUUGUGUUCGGGCUAGACUCAUCAUGGGCGGCAGAAAAUGCAGAAGAAGAAAGACCCGCGUCGUAACGUCCGAUGUUGACCCCGUAUUCAACGACAAAUUCUUUUUCGAAGUCCCAGCGGAGAAACUCGAACGCGUCCAAAUUUUAGUCGCGGUGACGAACGAGCGAGACAGCGGACAGGACUCGGAUACGGAUACCGGUUACAGCGAAGCCGAAGUCGGUCAAGUGAUUCUCGGUUAUCGGAGCACACCGCGUGCGCAUGCGCACUGGUUAAAAAUGAUGACAAACCCGAGGGAGAAAUACGCUCAGUGGUAUGACUUGACAGUCUAAACUGCCCCCCCCCCACUAACACUACCAAGAAAAAUAAAUGAUUAUUUGCCAAAACAAAUCACCAUCGUUAUAAGUCAUUAUCGUAGUAGUGGUAGUAGUAGUGGUGGUGGUAGUAGUAGUGGUGGUAGUAGUAGUAGUAGUAGUAGAAAGAGUUGUAGGAGUAGUUAGUAGUAGUAAAAGUAGUCAAACUAGUAGUAGUAGUAGCAGCAGCAGUAGUAGUAGUAGUAGUAGUAGUAGUAGUAGUAGUAGUAGUAGUAGUAGUAGUAGUAGAAGUAGUAGUAGAAGUAGUAGCAGUAGUAGUAGUAGUAGUAGUUUAGUAGUAGUAGUAGUAGUAGUAGUAGUAGUAGUAGUAGUAGUAGUAGUAGUAGUAGUAGUAGUAGUAGUAGUAGCAGUAGUAGUAGUAUAGUGGUGGUGGUAUGAUGUAUGUAUCAUGGAAUAUGUCUAGCCACCAUAAUGAUCUUACAUUAGGCCUAUACAGGGACUAUGAAUACGAAAUUCCCUUUUCAUUUUUUUUUAUAUACAUCUUCGGUCGUUAAUGGUUGAAGGCUGUAUGAUAACAAAAAAAGUUUAACUUGUUAAUAUACUCCAUAUCUAUCGCACUGUAGUUGAUAUUUUCGACAGUCCUGAUAUUCACAACAUGCUUCUUUUCUUAAUACUUUUUAAUCUACACAAGUCAUUUCCCUUGUCUAAGACAUGAAUCUCCACCGGAAAAAACACAAACAUCUUGCCUUCCAUAACCUUAAUUGUAAGUUACAAUAAUAUUCGAUAAGAAGUAUUGGAAAAUCGAGGCGAAGGGUGCUAUUUAUAAUUUCAAUAUUACACUUAUAGUUGAUGUUGUUGUAUUUUAGAAUUUUGUAUUACACAUUGGGGAAAGUGCAUUAUAUCCACAUGAUUCUGCAAUCAUGAUAAUCUGAUUUUACGUUAACCUUAGAGCAAUAACUAUUUUCUGUAUUUUACGAUUGAUCUUAUUGAUAUAGUAUAACGUUUUUUACUAAUGCAAUAUAUCGUACAUGAAAUUUGAAAUAAAAAUGUGUGAAAUUUAUUCAGUAUGUGUCAAAAAGCCGUCACACUUGUGCUGGGCUCUUUAUUUCUGCACUCGUAUGUGAAAGAGAAACAACAAACGUCAUAGUCGUUGGGUAAGGAAAAAGGCGAUCCUCUCCCAAAUACCCCCUCCCUCACUCACAUCGUAGGUCCCAUGCACACACACACCCCACACACACACAUACACACUCGGGCAUUCCAGUACCCGAUAUCCUAUCACCCCGCGUGUCAGGCUAUAAGGUGUGAGGCGGUGAGACGGCAGGAGCACCAUGUCCGAGGCAAACAACUGAUAAUCCCACCCCCCCCCCCCUGCACAUGCACACUCGCACACCUGCACUUGCACUUUCACUUUUAUCAACGUUAUUAAUCUUCUCUCAAUCAAAUUUCUCUUCCCUAUCCACUUUUGAUAUAUUCCUAUUAUUUUGUGCAAUAAAAGAUAGUCUCUUUUAUUGCACUAUACAGUCUGGUUUUCUAUCCCCUUUCCUUUCGAGGCCUCCAUCACUUUCAAGCUCCAAGCUUAAGAUGGAGGUCUCCCACAUUUCUAUAUAUAUAUAUGUUCAGUAAUUAAAGAAAAUUUAUAUAUAGAUAUAAUUUCACAGUACAGUUGAUAUUUUAUAAUGAUUUAUGUGCAUUAUUCAUUAUGUUUAAAAAAACAUUUGCCUAUUAUGUAAUAUUGAAAAAAAUAUUAUACUUGUAUAUUCUUUGUUUUUGUUUUGAA